CAGAGGAUUCCGGCGGCCCACGCGGCAGGGCAGAGGUACUUCUGGGUCUCCUGCUUUCUUCCCCUCGGCGACUCCCAGCCUAGGCCAUGAGAUCCCCGCACCUCCACCUCUCCGCCACCUCGGGUGCCCGGGCCCUGGCGAAGCUGCUGCUGCCGCUGCUGACGGCACAACUCUGGGCCGCGGAGGCAUUGCUGCUCCCCGUAAACGACACGGGCUCGGACCCCGUGGCCUCCGGCGCCCCUUGCGCGCGCGGCUCGCAGCCCUGGCAGGUCUCCCUCUUCAAUGGCCUCUCGUUCCACUGCGCGGGCGUCCUGGUGGACAAGAGUUGGGUGCUCACGGCCGCGCACUGCGGGAACGACAAGCCGCUGUGGGCUCGAGUGGGAGAUGACCACUUGCUGCUUCUCCAGGGCGAGCAGCUCCGCCGGACCACUCGCUCCAUCAUCCACCCCAAGUACCACCAGGGCUCGGGCCCCCUCCUGCCAAGGCGGACGGACGAGCACGACCUCAUGCUGCUGAAGCUGGCCAGGCCUGCUGUGCUGGGGUCUCGCAUCCAGACCCUACGCCUGCCCUACCGCUGUGCCCAGCCUGGAGACCAGUGCCAGGCUGCUGGCUGGGGCACCACGGCCGCCCGAAGAGUGAAGUACAACAAGGGCCUGAGCUGCUCCAGAGUCACUAUCCUGAGCCCUAAAGAGUGUGAGGUCUUCUACCCUGGCGUGGUCACCAGCAACAUGAUAUGUGCAGGACUGGAGCGGGGCCAGGACCCCUGCCAGAGUGACUCGGGUGGUCCUCUGGUCUGCGACGAGACCCUGCAGGGCAUCCUUUCCUGGGGCGUUUACCCCUGCGGCUCUGCUCAGCAGCCAGCUGUCUACACUCAGAUCUGCAAAUAUGCCUCGUGGAUAGAGAAAACCAUACGCUCCAACUGACCCAGACGCUUUG